CGCGCGGCGUCGGGACGACGCUACUCGCAGGCACAGGCUCGCCGGAGGAGCGGGCUGCGAGCCGGCUUCAGCCUGUACCACCGCAGCCGACAUCCCAGCUACUCAUGUUCAUCCCGGACACACUGAGGAGCUGCAUGGUGGAACCGGAUGUCUCGACUUAUCUGCAGGCCCCUUCCGUAGGACAGGAUGAGUUCCAUCCAUUCAUUGAGGCCCUCCUACCAUUCGUGAAGUCUUUCUCGUACACGUGGUUCAACCUACAAGCCGCCAAGAGGCGUUACUACAAGAAGCACGAGAAACGGAUGAGUCUCGAAGAGGAACGUCAGUGCAAGGAGGAGCUCCAGAACGAGAAGCUAGAGGUGAAACAGAAAUGGGCCUCGCGGCUUUUGGGGAAGCUGCGAAAGGAUAUCACGCAGGAGUACAGGGAAGACUUCGUGCUGAGUAUCACUGGGAAGAGGCCAGCCAUGUGCGUCCUUAGUAAUCCUGAUCAGAAGGGUAAAAUGCGUCGGAUCGACUGCCUGCGUCAAGCCGAUAAGGUAUGGAGGUUGGACCUAGUAAUGGUGAUCCUCUUCAAGGCAAUUCCGUUGGAGUCGACGGACGGGGAACGGCUGGAGAAGACUGCGGAAUGUGCUCAGCCGGGCCUCUGCGUCAACCCCUAUCACAUCAACGUCUCCGUCCGGGAACUCGAUCUCUACCUCGCCAAUUUUAUCACCAGCCACGAGGUCCUUAACGGCAUCUGCAACGCGAACAAGGAGGAGGAGAGGCGGCGAAAAGGUGCAGGCUACCACGAACUAUAUAACGGUGUUGUCUGCAAUGACACGAUCCUAGCGACAGGUGUCUUCAGCUCGAAGGAGCUCUGGAUGCUUUCAAAAGCGUCCAUACUGCAUGACCUCAGCGACAUGCAGCCUCAAAUAAACGCGAUCAAAAUAGAGCACCCGCCGUACUACUGCAGCAGCUACACCCCUCCGUCCGCAGCCACGGCCGCGGAUCACGCUCAGCCAGCGGCUAGUUUCAGCCCGCCACCGGUGCACCAGCUCAUAAGGAACGACAAGACUGAAAAGCCACCGACGGUUUCCGUUUCGAGCGCUCCGACGUUCUCACCGGUGCUCAGGCCCGAGGACGGUCACCGUGGAAUGGAUUCUCCGCACUCGCAGACGGGAUUGCACUCCCCGCACGAGGGACUGGCCGGUGGUUCCGGACAGAGUAUGUCCGGGCUCGCUUACUAUCAGCCGGAGCACCCCAGCUCGGGGGUGGUCAAGUACCCCGAAAACGGUCACGACACACUCUCGGAUUUCGUGACAUUCGUCUGCCAGGAGGCCGAGAAUACCCAGCAACUGCCCCAGGUAGCUUCCGGAUCCGUUUUAACACCGCCGCACUGUAGCUUCUGCACUGAUUUCAAAGAAAAGUUCAUAUUAAUAAGCUCCGUCGACCCCGCUGGAAGGAAGAGUCCCGCGAGGAUCCUCGUCACGGCGCCGCACACCAGCCGGGAAUACACCUUUGCUCACUUUCACUCUCAGCCAGGACAGCAAAUAUUCACAUACCCCACUAUCAGCUCGAUGUCGGGAGUGAUCUCCCCGACGAAUCUCUCCCUAUUCUCUUCGCCGGUUUCGGUGACGAGGCCAGUGGCGACUCAGAGAUCGGUCUCUAACGUGCCGCCCCGUUGGAACACCGCGCCGUUCAUCAAUCUUGAGGAUGAUUACAACAUGAUCGCGCCGAUCAUCACCGGAACCGCCAGCGAGCCGCCUUCCACCAUGGAUGAAGAACGAUACUUUCACCCUGUUCACACGAGCAGCGUGGUGGACAAGAGCGGCGCUGGUAAUCUAAUGGGCACCGACCUGGGCGUAGGGACCGAUCCAAACUCGCACCACCACCAACAGCAGCAGCAGCAACAGCAGCAGCAGCAGCAGCAGCAGCAAGCUCAACAGCCGCCCCAGCAGCAGCCACCGCCUCAACAGCAGCAGCAGCAACAGCAGCAGCAACAACAGCAGGUGAUGCAGGACAAGAGCGGAAGACCGAAGUCCCCCCCGUGACACUGGAGGCUUAGACCGGAAAGCGUCGAGAAGCUCGCAUGUUCCACGGGGUCGUUGCUCGCCGGCGUGUACGAUAACUACCCGGAGCCGGAGGGGAAUCGGCAGGAUUCCCCGUGUCGUGUUCAGCUUCGCGACCUAAGCCUGCGGAGAAUCGAGUGCCUGAGAGUCUGAUCGUAGUUUAAGCGGGCCGUCGAGGGAAACCAUCGUGACGCCUGCCCGUGGCGAACGGGGCCUCCUCCUCCCGUUUCGUCGUUACCGCGUUGGGAGGCGAGCCCGGGCAUGGGCCCUCGAUCCGCGAGACAUACGAGGAGCUUCGAUUAACCCUCUGCGGCACGGUGCUUUUCGUCGUUUACGAGUUACCGAGGUUUGCAAUUAUCCUUAUAUUUCAUUUUAUUUAUUUCCGCGGUGCCUGUCACGAACGUUUCUACGGCCGAUUUCAUUUAUAUGAGUCUCUUUCCCUGUUCCAAGUUUGAUUUCUUGAUCAGAAUUUUCUUUCGGAGAUUUAUCACGCGCUUCAUCCCUCUUUUUUUAAGAUAGUUGUACAUCUAGACGAUUCUCUGUCAGCGAGAUCAUAAUUAGUCUUCUUUUUGCGAGGAACGAAAGGCAUUUUCCGCCCCCAGGGGGUUAGCGUUUCGGUCAAUUAUUAUACUUCCGCGCCAUCGGGAGCGUCUUUCUCCUCUCUCGACGCGCUGUUCAAUUUCCAACUCUUUCUCUCUCUCUUUCUCUCUUUCUCUUUGUAAAGUGUCCUCGACGGGCAGUAAACGAGUAAGGACCUCCUCAUCUCGUUUCCUAAUUAAAAUUCAUUGUCUCCGAUCGUCGCCGAUCGGUCCCGUCGAUCGAUGGAAAUCCAUAGACAAUUUAACAAUUAAAAAAAAAAAAUACCAGAACAAAGAAAACGGAGAAGUAAUCGAAACUAUGGUAGAAUAUCGUUUUCUGCGCGGUUUUAUAUAAUAACUACGAUCGUCUAUUUUCUAUUCUAUUUCCGCUUCGUGGCCCUUCCAGAACGUGUCGUUUUGUACAUACACGCUCCCGUGGUAUUUUGUAAAAUUUUAGAGGAUCUUAGAGAAUAUAUAGUCUAAACCGACGAGAAAAACGAGAAAUACUACCGAUCGAACGAGUAAACGAAAUUCGUUGCGCUCAUCGAGGAAGGGUUCAAUAUGAAGACGAUUAAAAAAAAAAAAGAAAAAAACUAAUGAAGUUUCUAGUGCCAAUUUCGAGUAGCUUAUAAAUAUUAUAACGAAAUUAUAAUUUUCUAUUAUAUUUUUUUAUAAUAUUUAUGAAGGAACACGUACACACACAUAGACACACACACACACACACGUACACACAUACGAGCACACAUACGAGCACACGUGACACGCUUGUUUAGUCAAGCACGUGAACAGACGGAGGAUAAUUCGCGUAGACAAAAAGCUUCUUCUUGAGAGAUGAACGUUUUUAAGAAGGCGAUCAUUCGGUGUAAAGAAGGGAGAAGGUCGAAGGGAUCCGAUCGACGAGAAUCGAUCGUAAACGGAUGCUAACCGGUCCACGAACCACGGAUGAUAAUAUUAAUUAAACGCUACUAACGGUAAUUGGUAACUUCGUAAUCGUAUCGUUAAUUAAUCGCCUAACGCUCAGGCUAGUGCCGAUACUAGUGAUGAAGAGAACAAAACUUAUAUGGAUGAAACACACGUACACAUACACAGAUAUAAAAAAAAAAAAACGAGUACUAGAGAGAAAGACUAGUUUCGCGUGGACUAGUCACCAGAGGCUGCUAGUUAGAAACAAAGUGAAUAUUUAAUAUUGAUUAUUAUAUUGAUACAAAUUAAGCGGUUGAAAAUGCAACGUUAUUACAUGAUGAACGCGAGGACGAAGAAACGUUUGAGAAGAUGCGGAGGAGGAGGAGGACGUUGAAAACAAAUAGAAAAAGGAAACGAACAAAAUGAGAGCGAGACUAUUAAACGAAUAUGGAGGAACGAAACGAACACGGGGCGACGUUUCGAGAUAGUGAGAGAUCUAUAGUUAAUAAUUAUAACUAUAACUUUAGGAAUUUAGUGUAAACCGUCGCGCAACACGAGAUAUAAUAAUAUGUAAUAAUAUGUAACAUCGAAACUCGACGACAACGAAGAUCCUAAAUACUAUAAUGUUGUAUAUUGUCCAAAAGUGCUUUCCGUCGACUGUACGUUAAACGAGGGUGUCUGACGAUGCGAGGCGAGGAAAUUUCUUUUCCGACUUCAGAUUGUACUCGUUCGCCAGCAGAAAAGAUCUCCCCUGAUCAUCGUUCAUUUCGUAGAUCGUAAAAUGUUUGAAAAUUCUCCUGCUUACGAGAUUUGUACACCGCCGAGCAUAGAGAGAUCAUUGAUAGACGUUUCCUGUUACAAUAUUUUUUCUACGUCAGAUAUUCCCAGGUGUUAUCGAUUAAAAUGUUUCUGAUGGCGAAGCGGUUACAACCACGUGUUUGUAUUGCAAUUCCCGAGGAACCCCUUCGCUGCAAAUGCGCUUUAAUGUACUCGCGAGACGACCAGGUCCGAGGCGGUUCUUCCUGGGUUUGCGUAAACCGUUUCACUGGGAACCCGUUUUUCCGUUUUCUCUCAUUCUCUCUUCGAGUGAGGUUGAAAGGGUGCGCGGCGUUGCCCAUCAUCGACGACUGGAUCCAGCGAUCAUUGAACAGCCCAUUCGGCCUUCUUAUCGUUUAAAUUACAUUUCGUACAUAAUGUAGCCGCGCGUUAAAACUUAAGACGACGAGGAAGGUAUAUAUGAGAAAACUGUCAUUUCAGUCCGGUUUCUUUCGUUACAAAAGAAAUAAGAAGACGGAAAAUCGUUCAACAAUAAUCGAAUUGUUCAUUGCACACUCCUACCCCGAUUGCGUUCGCUCGCUAGUCUGUGCCUUCUAUCUAAAAUUAACACCUCGUGGUCAACUAACAACGCAAAAUUCAGGAGCCACCGCUUCUCCUCAUCCCACUUCGCACUUGAAUCAAAAACGAGACAAAAAGGGGUCCAGGAUCGAGUCGGGAUCGCGCGAGGCAUGGGGAAAGUUAGGGCACCCUGUCAAUCGGUUCGUAGUAAUAGUACAAAGAACUUGAGACUAGCGAUAUAUAUAUAUAUAUACAUAUAUAUAUAAAAUAUAUAUCGAUAAAACUAUUAUAGCGAUUAAAACUGAAAAGAAAAAAAAACUGAAAGAUGCUUAUGGUUUACACAGACUCGAGAGUUAAGGGCAAGAAAGAAAAAAAAACAAAGAACAAGAGAAGUUAAAACGCGGCGAUACGAUGCUAUUCCUAUAUAAAUAAUUGCUUAUAUACAGCUAACACUAUUAACGAGGCAACUAUAUUGUUAAUUACUACGAGAGGGACAGGAAAGAAACUGCUACUAUUAUUGUAACUAUUAAUACUGUAUCACGAUUUACCACCCACCACCAUCACCACCACCAUCACCAUCAGCACCGCCACUGAACGAAGAACAAAAAAAAAAAAAGA